UUCCAUCCAUGUACUGUGAUGUGGUUAAAAUUCCAACCCUAAAAAAGUUUCUCUGAAGAGGGCGUUAUUAUAGAGAAGGAAAAUUCUCUGAAUUCAAGCAAAUAAUCUGAGAGUCGUUAAUUUGAAGAGCUCCCUCGAUUUCCCGAACCUCGUCUUCUCUGUCUGUUUGUUUGGCCUCGAAUUCUUAAUCUUGGCUUGCAUGCCGGUUCCUUCUUCCAUUUCCUUGGUGGGAUUUUCGUUCUGGGCUCCCUCUUUGAGCCAUGGCGGCUAAGAAACUCUGCGAGACCUUCCCCAAGAGCCUGAUCGACGAGGUCCAGAAAUGGGGUUGUAUGAAACAGACGGGGGUCAGUUUGCGAUACAUGAUGGAGUUCGGGUCGAAGCCGACUGAGAAGAAUUUGCUCAUUUCUGCCCAGUUUCUUCACAAGGAGCUUCCCAUUCGGAUUGCCAGAAGAGCUAUUGAACUCGAGAAUCUUCCCUAUGGCCUCUCUGCGAAACCUGCUGUUUUGAAGUUAGGUGUUCAACAACUGAAGAAAAGCCUGGGUCCAAGCAAUAUUGGGCAUCAAGAUCUUCGGGAGAUUCAUCAGUUUUUGGACCGUUUUUACAUGUCAAGAAUUGGGAUUCGUAUGCUCAUUGGGCAGCACGUGGAAUUGCACAAUCCCAAUCCCCCUCCUGACUGUGUAGGAUAUAUACAUACAAAAAUGUCACCUAUGGAGGUAGCACAGAGUGCCAGUGAGGAUGCUCGUGCGAUCUGUUUACGUGAGUAUGGCAGUGCCCCUAAUAUCAAAAUCUAUGGAGAUCCUAAUUUUACAUUUCCUUAUGUUCCAACACACUUGCAACUUAUGGUCUUUGAGUUGGUUAAGAACUCGUUACGUGCCGUGCAAGAGCGUUUCAUGGAUUCUGAUAAAGUUUAUCCUCCUGUUAGAAUCAUAGUUGCUGAUGGAAUUGAGGAUGUCACCAUUAAGGUAUCCGAUGAGGGCGGUGGCAUACCCCGAAGCGGCCUCCCCAAAAUUUUCACUUACCUUUACACCACUGCCAGAAACCCGCUGGAUGAACAUCCGGAUUUGGGUACAGCAGAUUUGGUGACAAUGGCUGGAUAUGGCUAUGGCCUUCCAAUAAGCCGUCUGUAUGCUCGCUAUUUUGGUGGGGAUCUGCAAGUGAUCUCCAUGGAAGGAUAUGGAACAGAUGCAUAUCUUCACCUGUCUCGUCUGGGGGAUUCACAAGAGCCUCUGCCGUGAGGAGAAAGAGGAAUCGUAUUCCCAUAGAGCAUUUGGUAUUGAAUUUGAUCCAAUUGUAAUAAUUAACUUGGAAUUUAGUAAUUGCAUUCCCUUUCCCUUUCCCUGUAUAUUCUGCCUUUGUUUUAUACCAAA